AGAUGAACAAAAACUGCGAAUGAAAAGUGAUUUCGAGGAGAAAAAUUGAAGUCUUUUCAUGUGAUUUUGUGAAUUUGUGUUAGUGCAAAAUUCAUUGUAGACUGUGUUUUUAUAAUAUUUUCGGAGCAAAGUUCCCAAAAAAACGUACCGCUUGGUAGUAAUAUGAGUAAUGUUACCAACCAAAAUGGAACAGGUCUAGAGCAGCAGCUUGCUGGUCUGGACUUGCAGCCUCAGGCUCCUAGGAGUACUGGCCGCUAUAUUCCUCCGCACCUGCGCAGGCAGUUGGAGGCAAAAGGUGACGAACCUAAGCGUUCAAGCUUAGAUUCUCGUCCUAACGACGCACGGGACAACCGUUCAUCAUUCGGAGGCAACUCUAGAGCCUACGACCGUGGUGGUCGGCGCGACGACCGCGACCGUGACCGCGACCGUGACUACGAUCGCGGCUACGAUUCGCGAUUCCCGCGCAGGGACCGCGGUGAGUACAUAGGUCGUGAUGCCGGAUAUCAAAAUGGCGACUCAGAGCGGUGGGCUGAGCCGGAUCGCAGAGGCGGAAGCGGUGGAGGAGGCGGUGGCGGAGCCGGCGGGGGUGGAGGUGUGCCUCCAAGUCCCGGUGGGCGAGCCAUGGCACCGUCGCGAGAUGUGCGUCGCGACGAAGACUACAAUGAGCCGCCACCACCUCGCAACGACCGCUGGAAAGAGCCGGAGCCGCGCUCCGACGAACGUUCAAACUCGCGCUGGGGUUCCGAUGACGUGCGACGUACAUCGUCUCGCAGGGACGAGAACGACUGGACAGUCCCGUUACCUCGCGACGAGCGGCAGGAGUUGGAGCUCUUUGGCACUGGAAACACAGGCAUCAACUUCUCCAAAUACGAGGAUAUACCAGUUGAGGCCAGCGGGGAGAACGUCCCGGACUUCAUUACAAAUUUUGAGGAUGUUAACCUGACGGAAAUAAUGAGCACGAACAUAGCGGCCGCACGCUACGACAAGCCGACACCGGUGCAGAAGUACGCGAUACCGAUAGUACUGGGCCGGAGAGACGUGAUGGCGUGCGCGCAGACCGGCUCCGGCAAGACCGCAGCCUUCCUUGUGCCCAUCCUCAACCAGAUGUACGAAGCAGGACCCGUUAAACACUUAGGGCCAAUCAAACGCAAACAGUAUCCCCUCGGCUUAGUGCUGGCACCUACUCGCGAGCUGGCCACACAGAUUUACGACGAGGCUAGAAAGUUUGCAUACCGUUCCCGCGUGAGACCUUGCGUCGUAUAUGGCGGUUCACCAAUCCAAGACCAGUUCCGUGAACUGGAUCGUGGCUGCCACCUUCUGGUCGCGACGCCAGGCCGUCUCGUCGACAUGCUGAACCGAGGACGAGUAGCGCUUGACUACUGCCGCCAUCUUGUGCUCGACGAGGCCGACCGCAUGUUGGACAUGGGUUUCGAGCCCCAGAUCCGUAAGAUUGUUGAAGGACAUACGAUGCCCAAGACCGGCGAGCGACAGACCCUCAUGUUCUCCGCCACUUUCCCCAAGCAGAUACAAGUCUUAGCGCAAGACUUUCUUUACAACUACGUGUUCCUCGCCGUUGGACGCGUCGGAUCUACUUCCGAAAAUAUUACCCAAAAGGUUGUAUGGGUGGAAGAGUGUGAUAAGCGAUCGUUCUUAUUGGAUUUACUCAACGCGUCCAAUUUGCUGCAACGCUCAAAAACUGAAGAAGACCAGCUAACGCUUGUCUUUGUCGAAACAAAAAAAGGUGCGGAUCAGCUAGAGGAGUUCCUGUACGCAGACGGGUACCCAGUGACUUCCAUUCACGGUGAUCGCUCGCAACGGGAGCGUGAGGAGGCCCUUCGUCGCUUCAGAUCAGGACAGACGCCAAUACUGGUCGCCACCGCUGUUGCCGCUAGAGGCUUGGAUAUUCCGCAUGUACGUCAUGUGAUCAACUUCGACCUGCCGUCCGAUGUCGAGGAAUACGUGCAUCGUAUCGGUCGUACGGGCCGUAUGGGUAACCUCGGUGUUGCCACAUCCUUCUUCAAUGACUCCAACCGCGGUCUUGCAAGGGAACUCGUGGAGUUGCUCAUCGAGGCUAAACAAGAUGUUCCCAAUUGGUUAACGAGUGCAGCGGUAGACGGUCGUUCUGGCGGCGGUGGUCGGCGAACGGGAAGUCGUUCCGGCGGCGGUCGCUUCGCAUCAAGCAGCUUCGGCGCCCGCGAUUUCCGUACACAGCCGCGACAGGCGCCACGCUCCGCAGGACCCUCUGGCGGUUUUGGAUACGGCGGCGGCGGUUCAUACGGUGGCAACUACGGCGGGGCGUACGGUGGAGGUGGCGGCGGCAACAGCGGCGGCACCGACUGGUGGGGCGAUUCGUAAGCGCAUACGCCUCGCACCGCCCGCCACGCACCGCUAGAUUUACGAUUACACGUACCGUAACACGUACCGCGGUUUUUAGGCAGAGCCGACACCAGUUACAAUAGGAUACCAUUCCCAAUCUACCCAGUCACGAAACCAAGUCACAAUUUUAAUUUUCCAUUCUAUUUUAUUGUAAUUUAUUAAUCGAGGCUCUGGUCUAAAUACCGUCCCAAAUUGUGCCACCUUCGUGUCCCUUCGCACUAAACGUGCGAUUCAUAGAUUAAUGUAUUGUACUCGGAGAGUAGGGUUGAAAUUGAUCCGUGAUCAUGCUUAUAUGGAAAGAGCGGUGCGACAAAGAUGUGUUUGUGCGACGCUUAGCGAGCGCUGAAUCUCAGGUGCGCGGCUCGCGACAGCGUCCGUUUCUUAAAAUCGUUUAUAUAAAUUCAUCGGGCAUAUUUGCCUAUAUUUAAGAUACGCGAGGCAGUCGCGAUCAAUAGUUGAUCUUCGAUUAACGUAAAUUAUGAUACACGUUUCGUUUGCAUCGCGUCGGAUUGGUCGUGACUCGCACGCGUUUUAUCAUUUCUCAGUAAUGAUGUGAGUAGUUGAUUAAUAUAGAAAUAUUUUUGAUGUUUGAUCUGUAUCGUGAAUUCGUUCGAAUGAUGUAACUGUAUUUCAAUUUUUCUAUUUUCUGACUGUCUCGUUGCUGAUUCACCAUUCCCGAUUAUAAAAUUUUGAAGCAUUUAUGCACCCUAAUGUCGAUGUAGCUAUUUAUUGCAGUAGUGUCGAAAAUACCGAUACAGUAUCAUAGUAAUGUACUAAAUUUUAUCUGUAGAAAUCCCAUAAUGUAACAUCUAUCAACAUCGUGGUCUAUAAUUUGAAUGUGAAUUUACCAAUAAAAAUUAAGAAACAAGA